AUGUUUCCGUUCAACCAGCUCGUUGCAGCUCAAUACCGAUAUUCUAAAUUCGGACAUGGAGGAAUCAAUCAACUCGGAGGAGUUUUCGUCAAUGGACGACCUUUACCAGAUAACAUUCGGCAAUCGAUUGUUGAAUUAGCUAAACAGGGCGUAAGGCCAUGUGACAUCAGUCGUCAGUUACGAGUGUCGCAUGGAUGUGUGAGUAAGAUUUUGGGCAGAUAUCAUGAAACUGGUUCGAUACGUCCAGGCAUCAUCGGUGGAAGUAAGCCAAAGGUUGCCACACCUAAAGUUGUCGAUGCGAUCAAUAAUUACAAGAAUCAAGCUCCAACAAUGUUCGCAUGGGAAAUUCGCGAACGCCUAAUUGCUGAUGGCAUAUGCGAAGCUGAUAAAGUUCCAAGUGUUAGCUCAAUAAAUAGAAUCGUUCGCAAUCGAAAUGGAUCAACUGAUGCUUCAUCACCGACAGCGACGACCGCCGAAGAUGAUAGUCGCACUCAUCAUCAACAAACGAAUGUGUCUUCGCCACCAAAUGUUUAUAGUAUUCAUAGUUUACUUAAUCAUUCUCAAUAUGAAUAUUCAACAAUAAAGCCACGCUCAUUAUCUCGUACAAAUCAUUCUAAUGAACCAUUAGACGAGAAAUAUUUUCCGAAUGAACAAAUCAAGUUCCUGGAUAAGUUCUUCAAAGACAAUCCAUGGGCUGAUCAUGCACAAAUGGAGUCGAUCGUUAAGCAAACUGGUCUCGCAGAAUCAGUCGUCAAAACAUAUUUAGAUCAACGCCGUGCGAAAUGGAACGCGAUUUGUCCUUCGAAUAACUAUACAAAUUACAAUACGAAUGAAUUUAUCUCAAUUAAAAAUGAUUUCGAUGCGACGUCGACAACACAUUCCAAUGAGAUCUUCUGUCCAUCGGCAUCCUAUCCAUCUGCUAACUUUUCUAUACCAGUUCCACCAGCAGAUUAUUACUCAUCGUACCCUUAUGCAUCUGAUUGGCGUUAUAAAUUCUGA